AUGGACACCAAGAUUUGGGGCUGGCAUUGGCUCGCGGAUUCUUCCAACACGCCUUUAAUUACGCCCUGUAUAGAGGAACUACGCAAUGCAACAGUUCACUGUUUACUCGAUGGACACGACCGAUGGGACGAAGACAUUGUACGUGACAUUUUCCAUGCGGACGAUGUCCCUAGAAUUAUUGCAACCCCGGUGAACAACCGUUUUAACGACUGCUGGAGAUGGAUAGGCGACAUCCGCGGUCGUUACACUGUCCAACACGGCUACCAUUUACUAGCAGGCGAGGCGUUACACACUAAAGUUGAUAGUAAUUUUCAGGCGUGGAAAGCUCUUUGGGCGCUACCAAUUCCGCCUAAGGUGAAGAAUUUACUUUGGAGAUGCGUUCGUGGCGUGCUGCCGGUACGGGACAACUUGCGUUUGAAGAGAAUUUGGAUUGGAGGGGGAUGUCCUAUGUGCGGUUAUGUGACUGAGACGACAAACCACCUGUUUUGUGACUGCGCCUUUACGAAGGGGGUCUGGGAACUGGACGAUGUUCUACAAGGCAAGGAUUUUCUCAACUUCAUGGAUUAUGUGAUAGGCAGCUCAACGAGGGAGGUCACAGGACCAAAACUGCAAUUUGUUCCUUUCAAAUGCAAUGUUGAUGCGGCCAUUUUUGGGGAUGGAGCUGGCUUUGGCGCUGUUGUCCGCGAUCAUGAAGGCAGGUUUGUUGCAGCAAAGAACGGGCGAUUAGGCAGCGAACGAGACCCGUUUGUGGCUGAGGCCCUUGCGGUCAUGGCAGCUCUGACAUGGCUGAAGGAGCAAAGUCUUAAUAAUAUUUUUCUCGAGUCCGAUUGUUUAAAUUUAUGCACUGCUUUUAAUUCUGUUACUGUUGAUUUUUCAUAUGUUGGUCUGAUUGUAAAGCAAUGUCAAUCAAUUGCUAAGGACAUUGGGACAGUUAAUGUCUCUCAUGUCAAGAGAUCAGCGAAUCGUGUGGCUCAUGAGUUAGCUCGGGCGGCCGGUUCUAUAUCUGGCCCAGAGGUGUGGUCUAGCGUCCCACCCGCUUGUAUUUUCGAUUUGUUAAGUCUUUAA